GGGCGGAAUCAGCCUUAAUUUUUAGGGGGACAAACUUAUAAAUAACUGUUGGGGGUGCUGCCCCGUGAUAGAGUUCGACCUUGAAGAAUGUUACACUAUAGGAAGCAUAGCAUGAAGAACUUUUAGUUCUUCUGGAACCACCGCCAUAGUAAAAGCACAUAUAUAUUAGCAUGUAAAACUAUAUACGUUAAAAGUUCAUUGAUUUGGAAUGAUACAGACAAUAUUUGCAUGAGAGGGCUCAUGCUUUAUUGUAUUUAGACAAUUAUCUAUAGAUAGUGCUGUCUUCUAAUGUUUGGGAAUAGGUAAAUAUUUGCAUAACUGCUACAACAAGUUUGAUAAUAAAGCUUAUAUAUUGGAGGGAGGCUCCAGCAAUUUAGGUCUUAGGAUUCAUGGCGGCAGUAGAAUAUAGAGAAUGCCUGAAGAACCAAUGCGUCGCUCCAGGUUUCCACACUGUAGAUGGCUGCCAGUUCUUCUUUUCAGGCAACGAUCCAUCCGCAGUAUUUAACUGCGCCGCCUGCUCUUGCCAUCGCAGCUUCCACCGCAAAAACUUUUUGAAAAGAGAGCCGGAGCGGUCGCCGUCGACGGCGGAGUCGUCGACGAGUCGGCCGAGAGCCGGCGGAAUUAGAAGGAAGAAGGAGCUGUUCAGGAGGAGGCGGCGGCGGUUCACGGCGGAGCAGAAGGAGAAGAUGCUGGCUUGCGCGAGCUUGUUGGGUUGGCGUGUUGGUUGGUUGAGAGCAGAGGUGGAGAGCUUCUGUGAGGAAGUGGGGAUUGAGGAGAAGGCUUUCUUCAAUUGGAUGAGAAAUAAUAAGAGGAAGUAUGAAACAAAGCCUUGAUUUUACUUGAAGA